AUCCACUCUAGGAAAGGUGACAACUUCUUCCUUUUUUUUCUUCCAUAUUAAAAUAAUUAUUUAAAAAAAAAAUUAAAAUCCAAUAAUGCUAGCCGGUUGUCGGUGUCGAUUCGAUAAAUUCAAGUUCAUUUUUCGAUUUCACCCCUUUUCCCUUUUUGGGUGGGUCGUUCGUUAAUCGAUAAUACGACACCCAACACUUCACUAUACAAUCGCUGCAAUUCAAUUCCUUUUUUUUUUCCUUAUAAACCCUAAUUACAAAUUCAACGAUUCUAUUUCCAAUUUUAGGGAUUUUGUUUUUGAACUGGAAAUCUUAAAUCUUUCGUAGGGGUAGUUGAUAUGUGCAGAAAUUGGGGAUUUCUCAUAUGGCACCGGCUAUUCCCAUAGUUUACACUGGUCGAAAGGAAUCUAAGAAUUACUCUCGUAAUAUGAUGGGGAAAUCCAGAAAGUUUUCUAUGGCUAAUCAAAGGUCAGCUAUUAUAUCAGAUUAUCGUCAUGCUACCGAAAUAACUGCUGAGUCUGAGGGAUUUGGAAGCUCUGGGCGUGUUGAUACCGAGGUGACUCUUUCGGAGGAUUCUUGUUCACCCAAGAGGAAAUGUAUGAGUUUAAAUGGUGAUACUCAUGAUCAAUUUGGGAUUCCUAUGCAAGUUCUAUCUUUUUCGAAGAUGUCUAGGUCUGAUAAGAAGGAUUUGGAGAUUAGGUUAAAGAGGGAGCUUGAGGAGGUGCGCAAUUUACGGAGGCGAAUUGCGUCUUUUAGCAAUAGUGCAGUAGUUUUAUCGCCCGCUAGCGAUAUUCGUAGUUGCAGUGACGGGCUGAAAAGACCUCCAUUGGAGAAUACUCUGAGGCCGCCUCCGCUUGAGCUUAAUCCUGUGAAGGGGAAGAAACAGCCCACUGGGGGGCGUAAUGGGGCCCAAACGAAAAAGGGUUUUCCUGGGAAGAUUGAUCCUCGGAAGCAAAUUGCAUCUGCCAAUGCUUCUAACAACUCUAUGUUGAUGAAACGAUGUGAAAAUCUUUUGACUUGGCUGAUGCAACAUCAAUUUGGUUGGGUUUUUAAGGAACCUGUAGAUGUUGUCAAGUUGAACAUUCCUGAUUAUUUUACUGUAAUUAAGCAUCCUAUGGAUUUAGGCACAGUCAAAACCAAAUUAUCUAGAGGUGAAUACACAAGUCCAUUAGGGUUUGCUGCGGAUGUUAGGCUUACUUUUUCGAAUGCGAUGACAUACAAUCCGGCUGGAAAUGAUGUUCAUUUCAUGGCUCAAACCUUGAGCAAAAAUUUUGAGCAAAGAUGGAAAGUGAUUGAAAAGAAGAUGUCAUCAAGUAAUGAUGUACAAGUAUUACCUUCAACAGUGCAAGCCCCUGUAUCAGUGCAAGCCCCUAUACCAAACGAACCUGCUACAGUGGCCAAUCACAUUCCCCCUUCCAAGAAAAAGAAGGGGGGAUAUAUAGGGAAGUCGGACCUUGUUAAGAGGGUAAUGACCGAUGAUGAGAAGCAUAAAAUGAGCUCUGAAUUGGAGGAUUGUCUUAGUGAAUUGCCCGAGAGUAUAAUCGAGUUCUUGAAAGAAAACAGUUCUGGUGCUGGGGAAGACGGUGAAGAGGAGAUUGAGAUCGAUAUCGAUGCUCUUAGCGAUGAUGUCUUAUUUAAACUUAGAAAGUUGUUAGAUGACUUCCUGUUGGAGAAGAAGAAGAACGAAGCGAGGGCGGAGCCGUGUGAAAUGGAGCUUCACAACGAGUAUGGGUUUAGCAAUUCAUCAAAUCAAGCCGAUAAAGUCAAUGACGCAGUUGACGAGGAUAUAGAUAUUGGGGGUAAUGACAAUCCUAUCUCAAGUUUCCCUCCUGUAGAGAUAGAGAAAGAUACAGUCAAUAAGAACAAUAGAUGUAGUAGUCCUAGCAGUUCCAGCAGUGACUCAGGUUCAUCAUCUACUGAUUCAGACUCAAGCAGUUCUAGUAGUGAAUCUGAAGGUGCAAAAGCUUUGCCUCCAGCAAACAAGUUGCAGUCGACUGUGGAUGGAAAACAAAACGUGGACCAGAUACAAGGUGAUGUCGGUCAGGAAGUUGGGAAAAAUCCAAAGUCUAGAAGUAGCUUGAGCCAAGUUGAACAUAGUUCUCAUACUAAACCUCCGUCAAUUGAAAUGGAUGGUUAUAAAGAGGGGGAGAGUGCUCCAUCCGAGAAGCAAGUUUCCCCAGAUAAGCUAUACCGUGCUGCUUUGCUGAGGAGCCGAUUUGCUGAUACAAUACUCAAAGCUCAGGAAAAGACUCUUGAAAAGGGUGAAACACGAGAUCCAGAAAAAUUACGGUUGGAAAGGGAAGAGCUUGAGAGAAAGCAAAGGGAAGAAAAGGCUAGACUACAAGCAGAAGCCAGGGCUGCAGAAGUGGCUCGAAAGAAAGCUGAAUUGGAAGCUGCUGCUGAAGCCAAAAGGAAGAGGGAGUUGGAGAGAGAGGCUGCACGUCUUGCUCUGCAAAAGAUGGAGAAAACUGUGGAUAUCAAUGAGAAUAGUCAAUUCAUGGAGGAUCUUGAGAUGCUCAGUGGCGCUCCUGCUGAUAAUAUGUCAAGUUUUAUGGGUGAUACAAGCCCAAAUGACUCUGAAAAUGGCGGUCUGGGUAGUUUUAGAUUCAGGGGAAAUAGCAACCCUCUGGAACAGCUGGGUUUAUACAGGAAAGAUGAUGAUGAAGAGGAAGAGGAAGUUGAAACCCCACAUAAUCCACCAGAUGCAGCAGCAAAUGACAUCGAGGAGGGAGAAAUUGAUUGAUUGAGCUUAAGUUUUUUCUUUGAAACGUACAAAUAUAUUAAAAGCAAACGGAGAACUGCUUUCCAAGAGUAUGUUUCUUUCUGCAUCAUGUAUAAGUGAUCCACAGCUGGUCUGGUGCCUGUGCUAUGAUUUGGUUCUUUCAAUUGUAUAUCUCUGCUUUGGAGCGUUUCCUGAGAGCUCAGACAGGAGCAGAGUGUUGGUCUAAAUCUCGAUUUGGGUUUGGUUUUCAUCUAAGCAACAAUCUACAUGAAUUUUCCUGUGCGAUCGAUCGCUGGGGGCAGGUAGCUGAUCAAUCAGUGCCUUUUUUGCCGCUUUUUAUUUUUCCUGUAAAAAAAAAGCAGAUUGAUUUGUAACUUGAACCAUGGCACGCUCCAGAAUCAGGGGAUAGUACAUGUUUCCCAGCAUUACUCUAACAUUGGGUACUUGCUUCUUCGAUACUAAAAGUUCAUACGUCUAAGACAAGCAGCAAUGAAUCUCAUUUCGAUUUAUGUUCCUGGUAGUUUUAGUUGUAGUUGUAGCUUAUAGUAAAACAAGGGUCUUGGUUCUUUUUUUGAUACAUCUGUAUAACUUCCUUAAUUUAUUCAUGCUUAUGUGAAAACAUAUUGUACGAUAGUAAGUGUUUAUGCUUUCA